CGAUAUUUUAAAAGUUUAUGUAUAUAUUUCAAACUAAACAACUUCCUGUUUAUCCAUAAUUCAGACUAUUUUGUCGAACAACAAGGAGUUAUUUAUGUCAGUACUAAAAAAUGCCACAUUCAUCAGAGGUUCUUGUAUCAGAACAAUCAAAUUCAGCACAUCAGUAUUUUGUAAAUCAAAGGAUUUCGAAGUUUCAGAUCAUUAUAUUGAUGAAGUUUUAACAUCUGAAAGUGUAUAUAAUGAUGUAGCUUACAACUAUCUGACUGUUGGAGAUUCUCACAAUUGUUUAAUAAUCCAACCAUAUGUUAAAUGGGGUCCUCGAAAACUUUCAAUAAGUCCACAAGAGCAAUUAGAAGAAGCUGUAUCUCUCAUAAAAACAUUACCAUCAUGGACUGUCCAAGAUACCAUAUCAGUACCUUUAGAAACACUGACAAAAAAGUCUUUAUUCAAGUCAGGUUCCAUGGAAAAACUUAGUAGAAUAAUUCAAAAGAAUCCAAGUAUAAGUGCUGUGUUCAUUAAUGCAAGUAGUUUGAAAAAAGUAACAAAUAUAAUUUUACAAGAGAACUUCAGGCUACCAAUUCUAGACCGUUACAAAAUAGUAAUGCAAAUUUUGAAACUGCAUGCAACAAGCAAACAUGCUAAGCUACAAGUUGCUUUAGCUGAGCUCUAUUUUGUUCAAAGAAAGGCUCAGUUAGACAAUUUGUUCACCUCUAGUGAUUCAGAAACCAUGAAAUUGAUGUUUCAAAGCAGAGAGCAGAAGCUGAAGAAAGCCAUACAAGAAUUGAGAAAUCAAAGAAUGUUGCUAAGAAGUAAAAGAAAGAAGUUAGAUUAUCCCCUAGUUGCUGUAGUUGGAUAUACCAAUGCUGGAAAAACUUGUUUGAUUAAAGCAUUAACUGGGGAUGAAACUUUACAACCAAAAAAUCAACUUUUUGCAACUUUGGAUGUAACAGUUCAUUCAGGAAUUUUACCUUCUGGAAUGGAAGUUCUCUAUGUUGAUACAGUGGGAUUUUUGUCUGAUAUACCCACCAAUCUCAUAGAAUGUUUUGUAGCCACACUGGAAGAUGCUGUUUUUGCAGAUGUGAUAUUGCAUGUAGAAGACCUAUCCAGUUCUUGUUUCAAAUAUAAAAGGAACCAUGUUCUGACCACACUAAAUGAAUUGAGUUCUCAAUCUGGUCACUGUAACAUCAUGGACAAAGUUAUCUCUGUAGGAAAUAAGAUUGACCUUGCAGAAAUAGUUGAAGAAUCUGAUCUAGUUACUGUCUCAGCUAAAAAUGGGAUAGGUUUGAAUAAUUUGAGAAGUCAUCUGGAGAAAGCUAUCUUGAAAUUUACUGCAAGGCAAAUACUUACAGUCAAAAUUCCUAAUGGUGGUGAUGAAAUCAGAUGGUUAUACAAAAAUUCAACAGUUGUAUCAGAAAUUCCUUCUGAAGAUAAUCAACAAUUAAUAAAGGCAAAAAUUAUCAUAACUGACAGUAAUCUUAGAAAAUUCAGACACAAUUUUAUUGGUAAUGUAAGAAAAAGUUGAGAUUAUAGUUGUCAAUA